UCCGUUUUGGGGGAAUAUUAUUACCGUAGUCUGUACAUUUUUUCAUAAAAUUAUACUUUCUGUUCUAAUUAUUUCUCUUACUUCUCUUAUAAAAGAAUCAGUAUUUACAUUAUUAGUGAUAUGCUAAGCAUUAAUUAAUUAAUUUAAAUAAAGGUAAGUUUUUAAUUUAUUUAUGAAAAUAAGUACUAAGAAAUUUAGAAGUGGUUACAGUAAAUCCCACUCGAAUGUCAUUUGUGGUAGUUUAUUUUAGUUAAACUGAAAAAGUAAGUUUAUACUUUAUAAACAUAUAGUCCAUUCAAUUAUCUUUCAUUUGAUACCUCAUUUUGUCUUACAAACCCAAAAAUAAUAUUUUAAAUAGUUUUUUAAUCCCAACCUCUCACUUCUGACAUCAGGCUGCAAAUAGUAAUAGCCACCUUGAUUAAUAAAAUUCGUAUUAAUAAAAUAGGUUGGUUCUUUAAAAAAUAGAAAUUAUAUAUCUAUAUCAUUUUAAUAACAAUAAAAUAUACUAGGGCAAUUUCAUUUAUAUUAACUUACGCUAAAAUUCUAUUUCCUGUAAACCCCAUCCCCAAAAUUCUUAGUCUUAGAAAUCAUUAGAUGCUUCCUUAGACAACACUAGAUGCUUCCUUAGAAACAAUUCCAUGUUAGAUUUGAAUAAUUUCUGGUCUACUAGUCUACCGAGCUAAGGUGUGUUUUUAUUCUCUGUUGUAUUAAAUUAUGUUGAAGGCUUUUGUCAUCUGAAACAUCCAUUGUUUGGUUUCUUCUUUAUUCAGGUUUUCCCCACCACCCUAUGUAUUAUAAUAAUAUUAUAUUUGUUACUGCCCUAAUCUGACCGCAAUCCUUUCCUUAUUAUACUUUGAUUUUUCAGCAGAUCCUUGUUAAAGAUCUUGGUCUUUGCUUCAAAACAAGACUGUAAAAAAAAAAUCAUGGACAAGGCUGCUCGUGUCGUGAGGAGGUUAGAAACGCUUGAUGGAUAUAUUCGGAUUUGAUUGUUCCUUAAUGAUUAACAAUUCAUCUUAACAUCAUUUAUUUGGUCAACAUGAUAUUCAUUACUGAAAGUCAUUUUUAAGCCAAUCAUUUAGUUAAUUAAAUGUAGAUAUUUUUUAUAAUUUUUAGAUAAGGGAUCUUUCAUUAGAUGUUUUGUUAACAUGGUGAAUUGUUAUGCUGUUCAGGAGCAGCGUGAAGCUUAUGUCAUUGGGGGUAGGCCAUACAGAUCUCCAAGUGCUGCUGUCUGAAGUCAAAGACAUGCGCAACACAGCUAAAGCUUUUAUGAAUGCACAAAAUGCUGGUAAGUAGCAAGGUUAUCGCUUUACUUUAUACAAACUAUCGGAAUCUCUAAUAUAUAUUUUGCUUCUUGGGUGGCUGCUUCCUUUUCACAACCUGCCCUCCCCCUACUCAACAUGUUUUAUAUUAUUAGUAAUGAGUGCUUUCAAGUGCAUGACAGUUGAAGUCAGGUAAAAAGGUUGAAUUUCUUCUUCUGUUCUGUUUUAACCAAAACUUCAUUUUUGAAUUAAGUGAACCUUACAUGUCAUGUUUUUUUUUCUAAAAAUAAAUCAAAAUUUCCUUGUGAUUUUUUUGUAAGUUUUUUUUUAGGAAGUAUCGAAUGUUUUUUUUGAAAAUUUAUAUAUAUGUUUACACAGGGCAGGCACUUGUGGGGUCUUUCAUGCUAUAAAUCAGAUCCGAUAUGAUAUUCAGACACAUAAUAGUCAUACUGGGUCUAAUUGGUCAUAAGAUAAUACCUCACACCAGGUAUUUGUUGACUUGCUUAGUUUCCAAAUAUCUAUAAAAAUAAAUACUGUAGUAGUUGAGUGCCCUGAGCAGAAUUACUCAUGGAGGCUCAGUUGUUGUUAAUUUCAUUGCUGAUGAAGGACACAGAGCUGAAUGAGCCAUACGAUCUAAAGUAGACUUCAUUUUGUGAAACAAAAAAUAAUAAUAUGAUAAUCAGGCCGCUAAUUUAACAGAAAAAAUGGAGAGUUCUUCAUCGUCUCCUUCAAUUGACAAUGCUAACAAUCCUUUCACUCAAACCUUAGCAAGAAGCAAUUUAUCAUUGUAUCAUCGUCUAUUAAAAAUUUUCCUAAAAACCUAAUUUGCAGUACAUGAUGCUUUUCUUUUGCAAACUGACAAUUUUCAGCACACAAGGCAAACAAAUUUGAAUGCUCCUUCUUUUAAUAAAGUUAGUGAACUAAAACAUUGUUGAUUUCAGAACUAAAAUGAAAUGAUUGUAAAUUGUUAAUUACGAGCAAGCUCUUAAAACAAUAUUUCAUUAAAAAAGGUUGCUAUGUAAAAUUGUUAUGGACGCUUAAAGUCAAAUUUACUAUAACAAGAAAUAUGGUGCUCUUUAUGUGGUAGCACAGACAUACAUUCAAAGUGCAAUUUCCCAGGGAGUGUGUCUGGUCCUAUGUGCAUGCCUAGAUCAAAAUCUGGGCCUUGGAUAAAAAAGUUAGUACUACUGCUUUAGGGUCUUCACCAUUUUGAAAUUAGAGGGUUAGUACAGAAAAAAGGAUAGAGUGAUAAUUUGAUUAUAUCUUGUACCCCGAAAACUUUGUGUUGACUAGAAAUUCUGAACUAUGAAAAGGUACUGCCAUAAUAUUUUCAGGUCUGACGUCUGGCCUCCACUAGCAUGGGGCCUUGUGUGUCUGCCCUAAGGCCAGCUCAGGAUUGCAAGAUGUGCAGAUUCUUUGUUUUAUUACUUUUCGUUAAUAAUCUAUUUAGUUAACAUUGCUUUUGUACUUUGCAAAAUUCCUUCUAAAUAAAAAAUAUAUAUUUUUAGUAUCACAAGAUUUCUUAAAGUGGGCUGUCAAUGAGGAGAACAGAGCUCUUCAAGAUGUUGCCAAUCAACUAGCAGAGUUAAAUUUGCUCUGGACUGAAGUACAGAGAGAGUUAGGAGGUAAACAUUUCCAUGGAGAUUCUCAACAUUGAAUUUCCAGACAUAUUAAUUCAGUUUAACUUGGUUCUUACCUUCAAAUAGUUCUUAAAACUGUUGGUGCAUUGAGAAAUUUACUUGUAAUCUUAUUUUUUUAUUUUUUUUUUUUAUUUCUCCCAGAACAUCUGAAGGAGUAUCGCUACAUGUUUGAGAUGAUUCUUGAAGGAGAAAAGCAUGUAGCCCAAUCCAGAAAUAAUUUUGUAAGUAAAGACACAACUAAACUGUAUUAAAUGUGUUGCUGCCUUGAAGCUCAAGUUGGUUUAAAGAGAAAUGGAAGAAAAUUAGGAUAAGGAAGCAUGCUGUGCCCUGUGCAGGAUGGGCUGAUUGUACUUUGACAUUGGACACCUUUACAGUAUAAAGCCCCACCUGAUCAACUUCUUAACAUAGACCCUAACAGUGCAUGUUUAAUGUCUCUAUUCUAUUUAAAUUUCCUGCAGAAGACACCAAGCUUUCUUUCCACAGCAUGGUAACAUACUACAUAAUCCCCACCCAGCCAGAUUGUCUGGUCUAAAACUGAUUUCACUUUCAAUCAAAGAUAUUGUACGAUAGUUACCAUAAUGUCAUGCAUACUGAAAAAGUUAGAUUUUUACUGGGUUUUUUUUUACAUCUCAAAAGUCUUGAAACAUUUUCAUUAACAUGUGGAUAUUGGUGCACUUGAAAGGAGGCAGUUCUUUGGUAUCUAUUAGUCCAUGGGUUGAAGUAUGAGAAUCCUUCUGAUUUCUAGCCACAUGUGGUUUAUUGAGUCACUGAGUAUGGAUGAUUUUAACGGAGCACUAAAACUCAGUAUUGUUGAAAUUAAAAUGCCGUUUGUACCAGAUUUUUAGGCUUUCUUGUGCCUAGCAAGGCAGAGGCUUACCUCUGGGUAGGCUUUUCUAUAUAAUGUAGUUUACUGACCUCUGGGCAGGCUUAUCUAUAUAAAUAAGUUCAAUGACCUUUGGGUUGGCAUAUCUGUAUAAUAUAGUUGACUGACAUAACAUUUGAUCACUUUUAUCAGAAAUAUUUGGCUUUUGGAUCUUCACAAAUUCUUUAUAUUUUCAGGCUGCAUGUGAGCAAAGGGAGAUAAAACUUAGAAAAGAAUUAAAAAAAGCUUUUAAGGUAAUUAUCUUGAAGUUUCUUAUUAUAAAUGAGCACGAUUUAAUUCCUCACGGUUUUUAUAUGUGCAUCACAUAAAAUAAACAUCGGUUCGGAUCAGCUAAGCAAUAUUAUCUUAUGCUCAAAUUGUGCGACAGCUAAAAACACUACUCUUUUUGGUUCUUUUUGUAAGAACAUUGAAGUUACCAUAUUAGUGGUGGUGCAUAACACAUGAUACAACACUCGGCUGACCCAUCAGAGGAGAUUGAUGCUACCUUGAUGUGCACAAUAGCUGAUGCUAUCUUGAUGUGCGCAAUAGCUGAUGCUAUCUUGAUGUGUGCAAUAGCUGAUGCUAUCUUGAUGUGUGCAAUAGCUGAUGCUUUUUUUGAAAUGUGCAAUAGCGGAUGCUAUCUUGAUGUGUGUAAUAGCUGAUGCUAUCUUGAUGUACACAAUACCUGAUGCUAUCUUGAUGUCCACAAUAGCUGAUGCUAUCUUGAUGUGUGCAAUAGCUGAUGCUUUUUUUGAAAUGUGCAAUAGCGGAUGCUAUCUUGAUGUGUGUAAUAGCUGAUGCUAUCUUGAUGUGCACAGUAGCUGAUGCUAUCUUGAUGUGCGCAAUAGCUGAUGCUAUCUUGAUGUGCACAGUAGCUGAUGCUAUCUUGAUGUGCGCAAUAGCUGAUGCUAUCUUGAUGUGUGCAAUAGCUGAUGCUAUCUUGAUGUACACAAUACCUGAUGCUAUCUUGAUGUGCACAAUAGCUGAUGUGCACAGUAGCUGAUGCUAUCUUGAUGUGCGCAAUAGCUGAUGCUAUCUUGAUGUGCACAAUACCUGAUGCUAUCGUGAUGUGCACAAUAGCUGAUGCUUUCUUGAUGUGCACAAUAGCUGAUGCUAUCUUGAUGUGCACAAUAGCUGAUGCUAUCUUGAUGUGCACAAUACCUGAUGCUAUCUUGAUGUGCACAAUAGCUGAUGCUAUCUUGAUGUGCACAAUAGCUGAUGCUAUCUUGAUGUGCACAGUAGCUGAUGCUAUCUUGAUGUGCGCAAUAGCUGAUGCUAUCUUGAUGUGCACAAUAGCUGAUGCUAUCUUGAUGUGCACAGUAGCUGAUGCUAUCUUGAUGUGCACAAUAGCUGAUGCUAUCUUGAUGUGCACAAUAGCUGAUGCUGUCUUGAUGUGCACAGUAGCUGAUGCUAUCUUGAUGUGCGCAAUAGCUGAUGCUAUCUUGAUGUGCACAAUACCUGAUGCUAUCUUGAGAGAAGUAAAAAGUGUUUUUUAUUUUACCCCAGAAAAAUGAUUUCAUGAUGCCAGAAUUUUGUUGCUUACUGGAUUCACCGUUAAAUUUAAUUACCACAGAAACGUUCGACUGCUGAGAUCCAGACGUUGGAAGGGAGAUUAUCUCAGGCUGAGAGAGCCAAGGAUCUGGCACAGAUGGAAGGUAAGUUUAUUUGGUUUAUAUGGCUGAUUUGUAUCAUUGCAUAGCUCCAAAUUCCCUUCCUCUCCAUUUGUCAGAUUGUGUCCAUAUGUAUUACUUGUAUAGAGUUUGUUUUUAAACAAUUCAAAGUUUAUACUAAAUAUAAAAAGUGGCUAACAACGUAAAGGAGCUCAAAGAGAAAUCUUUGAUGGCCCUAAUGGAGCAUGACCCUUAAGUAUUUCACUAAACCUUGUCUCUUACACAAUGUGGCACUUAGCGGACUGCAGAGAGGAUACUUUGAAUGGCCGCCUGAGGUUUGGGUACCCUUUUCCAAGACAUCCACUUGCUCUCAUUCUAAUGAUGCUCGUAUUUUGUAUGUUGGCAGUGACUGACAGAAUACGUGAGAAUGAGGCUGUCAAGUUGAUACGUCUCAAGGGAGGACUGAUGAAGCUCUCUCAGGCUUACUCAGAUUUUGCCCGCAAGUGCACCGUCGUGUUUGAUGCCCAGCAGGUUCAUAGUUUUCAACUUACUCUCAUAAAAUAUAUAAAUUAAAAUGGCCUUACAUAAGCAUUAACAAGGAACCAUUUACCUUAUAUAAAGGAUUACUCCUUUGAUGAAAAAAAUGCAAAUUAAAUUUGAUGAAGAUGGAGAAAAUAAUCUUAAAUUGCAUUUUUUAUUUCUUUAUUUUUUUUACAAAGUGACUAAACAUCACAUUUGACUUAAACUUGUCAUAUGGAAUCAUUCAAAAUUGUAUGCCUUUUUUUGUUGUGUGUUUUGUUUAGGACAUUGUUCAGCAGCUGCCUGAUGUGUUGGACCAAGAUCUAGAAGACAUGAAAUACACAGGUUAGAAUCGACCAUAGAUACUUGACCAGUUGGACAGUCACGGCAGAACUCAAUAUUUUACACUGCUGCAAACGUUGUCUAUGGAAUUUAUUGAACAUUAGAAAAAUUCCAGCUCUAUUCACCUAUGAGUGUAUAUUAUAGUUACUUUAAUGCUGUUAUGAACUGUUCACUUGUUUGAUACUAAUGUGGGUAUGUCUCACAGUUUAAAGAUGAAAUUGAAAAUAUGGAUAAAUUAUUAGAAAUUAAACAAGAAAGUUGAGAAAUACCAGGUUUUUUUUAAAAAGAGAAAUACCAGUGGUUUUUUUUUUUGAAAGGGUCUUUAAAGGUAGACUUUUUUUUAUUGAUCCAAAUAAAUGGAACUUGAAUAGAUUGUACAAAUUCAAAUCCAGCAAAUAGAUGAACACAUUAAUCAAACCACGGUGGUAAAUUUGAAUUUCCUUGUUUUCAAGUUACCUUUAGCUUAAUUGAUUUGCUAAGCAUUUAGGGUUAGGAAUUUUUUAUUUUGCAGCUAGAGGAUAUUAUUUGUUAAAUAACAAAACAAUUAUUUUCCAAGAAAUUAAAUUAUUUUGUUUCCUCUGUAUUCUUUUUAAGGAUCUGGCGUUACCCGCUUCAAGGUCCAACAAGCCAAAGAGAAAGUUCGGAACUAUAGAAGGAGUCGAGAAAAUUACUCCAUCCACCAAAAAUUUAGUAAGCAGUUAAAUUUCAUUAUGGUUCUGAACAGUUUAUUGCUUGGUCUGUUUGUUCAAUUGUUUUUGUUGGAUUAAUGUUGGUUACAUUGUUUUUGUUGGAUUAAUGUUGGUUACAUUGUUAUUGAAUUAAUGUUGGUUACAUUGUUAUUGAAUUAAUGCUGGUUACAUUGUUAUUGAAUUAAUGGUGGUUACAUUGUUAUUGAAUUAAUGCUGGUUACAUUGUUGAUUGUUGAAUUAAUGUUGGUUACAUUGAUUUUGCUGGAUUAAUGAUGGUUACAUUAUUGUUAUUGGAUUAAUGUUGGUUACAUUAUUGUUAUUGGAUUAAUGUUGGUUACAUUGACUUUGUCUAUGUUUACUAUGUUAUUCAUGUAUGUGCAAACUGUUUCUUUAUUGAAAAAAAGCUAAUAUUAAUGCUACCGUACUUCAAAUAUAGUGUUAUUUACUUCUCUGCCAAACAGCAAGUAUAGUGUUAUUUACUUCUCUGCCAAACAGCAAAUAUAGUGUUAUUUACUUCUCUGCCAAACAGCAAAUAUAGUGUUAUUUACUUCUCUGCCAAACAGCAAUUAUAGUGUUAUUUACUUCUCUGCCAAACAGCAAGUAUAGUGUUAUUUACUUCUCUGCCAAACAGCAAUUAUAGUGUUAUUUACUUCUCUACCUAACAGCAAGUAUAGUGUUUUUACUUAUCUGCCAAACAGCAAGAGUGAAAAUACGAAAGUCUCACUAUGAUUUAUUAAUUCUAUCGUAAACAACAAAAAAACACAUCAAGUGUAAAAAAGGAUUAGGUAAUUAUUUUCCAAAUUGUUUAACUGGGUCCUAAAUAUUUUGCAUUGCAAGACAGUUUACCAAAGAAAUUAUUGCAUUCCUUAAAGCCAAUUGACAAAAUCUAUUUCAGAUGAACCCCCACCUCCUUACACUGCCAGCGAGGAUCAUCACAGUUCUUCCAUCUACCCGUCUUCUCGUACAACCUCUCCCCGUCGGCGAAUCAGCACAGCUGUUGAGUCACAAUCGGCCAUGGAAGCCGCGAACAUGACGACCAAAUCACCCCUAUCCAAAACUUGUUCCAACAUGCCACCGGCCAUGUCGUCCCCACCCCCAGUUACAAUUCUCUCAGCUCCUGAAAGGCCAGCAGACUCUCUGGUGACAAUGCUGCCCACCGGCCUGUCUGCACCCCCAGUGUUGAAAUCCUCACCUGGGAUGAGCGUGCCCACUGGGUCACCACCACCUCAACAGAACAAGGACAAUCAGCUGAGUACACCGCCCGGCUUGCCGACGCCCGGUUUAGUCCACUCAGACAGUCGGGCGAUUGGCCUGGUAGACUUUAAUCCAAACUGGGAUAACAGCUAUGAGGAAGACUUGUCAGGUGCAAUGGGUGGGGCUAAAAUUUGACUUUUGUGAACCUAGCUGAGCCCACCACUACCAGCAAAGGAAGUUAAUGUGAAUAUGCUUGUGGAAAAAAAAAACUCAAGAGACUUUAUUUCUGACAAUUUUAAUUAAAUUAAAAUCAUUAUAUUUUUACAAAUUUUAUUUACCAUCUAGA